CUAUUGACAAGAAAGUUCAGAAUUUGAAGUCUUCUUUCCAUCGCAUAAAUAUCUCUCCUCCCUUUCCAUAGCCCUUCCUAUAAGCUUUCUUCCCUUCCUUUUUCUCCAUGGAGUUUCUCUGCACACCUUCUUUCCAUGCAACUGAAAACUAGUUUCCAGUCUUCACAUAAACAGCUUCAUACAUAGAAAGAGAGAGAGAGAGAGCUUCAUCAAAUCAAGCUAUGGAGAUUUUCUCGUAUGAAAAGCUUUCCACUCAAACAAAAAAAUAUUUGAAUGCAAUUUCGAAUUCGACAAAAACGGUCGUCUUCAUCUUCGUUCUCCUCUUGAUGGGAGCCUUCAUCUCUUCUCGCUGGUUCGACACACAUUCUUUUUUGAGCAGAAUGGGCAACUCGAGAGUUAAGUUUCCAUGGAAUACAACUCAACCCAAUCAAAAGCCUAACUCACAACCUAAUCUAAAGUCCAACCCAAAUUCAUCACCUUUCACCCUUAUUUGCCCGACCAAAAAUCCAUCAAACACUUGCUCCUCUCGUCCCUCACCUUUCCUCAACACUUCUCUUUCCCCCGCCUCUCCACCCACCCCUCUCGCUUCGCUGAAACAAACUUGCCCUGAUUACUUUCGAUGGAUUCACGAGGACCUUCGCCCUUGGGCUUCCACUGGCAUUACACGAGAGAUGCUAGGUCGGGCGGCACCCCAUGCUGCCUUUCGCUUGAUCAUCGUCGAUGGUCAUCCUUACAUUCACAUAUACCAUCAUGUGUACCAAACCCGUGACAUCUUCACAAUAUGGGGCAUUCUCCAACUCCUCCGUCGAUACCCAGGGCGAGUGCCAGACCUAGAUCUCAUGUUUAAUUGUGAAGACACACCGGUUGUUCAUGCCAUCAAUGACCAAUCCCCACCUCCGCUCUUUCGAUAUUGCAAGGAUGAUACUACAUUAGAUAUUGUCUUUCCCGAUUGGUCCUUUUGGGGUUGGCCCGAAGUGAACAUUAUGCCAUGGGAGAGGCAGGCAGACGAGCUAAGAGAGGCGAAUGAGAGGCUACCAUGGAGAAAGCGAGAGCCUUAUGCAUACUGGAAGGGAAACCCUGAUGUGGCAAGGACUCGAGGAGACUUAAUGAAGUGCAAUGUAACCACGAUGAAUGAUUGGGAGGCCAGGCUCUUUAGGGUGAAUUGGGCUAAAGAAGGAAGACAAAAGUUCAAGGGUGCCAACUUAGCCAAACAAUGCACUUACAGGUAUAAAAUUUAUAUAGAAGGAAAUGCUUGGUCGGUGAGCGAGAAAUAUAUCAUAGGUUGCGACUCACCGACACUAUACGUGCAGAGUAGGUUUCAAGAUUUUGUUAGUCGUGGGCUAAGACCCGGCCUCCAUUAUUGGCCAAUUCCGCAGGACGAUAAGUGUCGGGCCAUUAAACAGGCUGUCGAGUGGGGAAACGCCCAUCCCUUAGAGAUGGAAGCCAUAGGGAAGGAAGGAAGCAGCUUCAUCCAUGACCAACUUCACAUGAACAUUGUAUAUGACUACAUGCUUCAUCUUCUAACAGAAUACUCAAAGCUCCUAACUUUCAAACCCACAAAACCAGAAGAAGCCAUGGAUCUCUGCUUGGAGUCUGUAGCUUGUCCUUUUCAAGGAAAGAUUAGAGAUUCCCUCAUGGAAUCCAUGUCCAUGGAAGCCACCAAUGAUUCAGAGCCCUGUAGUCUGCCUUCUGCAUUUGGACCAUCAGAGCUCAAAGAGCUUCUAAUGGAGAAAACCAGUGAUGGAACAAAGAAGGUGGUGGAGAGUAUAAUUAUGAAGAGUAAUGGAGGGGAUAGAUCAGAUGCUAAUUAUGAGAUAAUCAAAGUGUUUUUGUUAUUUGGACUUUACUUAGUUUUUAAUUUUUUUGUUUAGAUUUCUUUUUAAUUA